AUGAAGUUUAAUGGAAGUUACUAUGUCAACUAUUGUGAGUUUUUAGGUGGUUGGGAUUUGGGACUCUUUAAAAGGCGAAGGAUUAGGGGAUUGCUACUUUUAGCAAUGAUUUUCGCCUUUUUUCAAUUACAGAUAUUAAGAAGGAAUGAGCAUGCGUAUCAGACAUGUGGAAGAAUGUUGGCAAUCAACCGAAUUUUACAACAAGAUUCUUGUAGAAUACAAAAAUAAAGAUCCAUAUUAUGUGAAAGCUCACUAUCCUUUAGGGCCCUUAUGGAGUACAACAGGCUAAAUCACUUUAGCUCCAUGUAAAUCUGCCCAACCACCUGCCCAAAUCCUCUAUCAGCGUACCGACUUGGCAUCUUCUUCUUCAUUAAGAGGGUGGUUGUAAAAAGAGGUUGUGGGGUUAACAUGCGCAUUAUUGAAUCAAUGGUUUUAUUUGCUCAUUCAUGAACUACAAAGGGACUAUAGUUUCUAUGUUUUCCAUUACUAUUUGUGUAUGCUAUAUCGUUGAUAUGGUAUGGUAGGGUUUGAAUUUGGUUUCCGGUUUCUUUUGAAAAGAAAUUGAGUUUCCCUUUAUGAAAUUUCGUUGGUUUGGUUUGUA